GAAAGAGGAGGUUGCGUGUAUAAUUUUGAAUUUUGGUUUCGAUUUAUUUUGUAGUCUGAUUUAGUUAGGUUCCAAUUUUUCAUUUCAAUAAUAGUGCUGCUUAGAAUCUCCUCUCAAUAAAUAUCUUCAUUUAAUUAUUUGCUUCAUAUAUAGAUUUUUCUGUUAUCAAAAUGCAAGAAACCGUUAGAAACCAAAGCGAGCGAAAAUCCCUCUUUUCCUCGUUCUUGGAGGUCCUGGACGCUCGUGAGAAGCAAGCACAGGCUGACCGACAGUUGCAAGAGGAGAAAUACCUUCGAAGAACCCAAAGGAUUUAUGACUUUCAUGAGCGCCAGCGGCAGGAGGCGGUGGAGCUGCGGCGCUGCCUGGACUACGUGUCGCAGCACGCGCACGUGCUGGAGUCCGUGCUGCGCGGCGCCGGGGGUGCCGGGGGCGGCGGGGGUGCGGCGGGGGCGGGGGCCGAGGUGCCGCUGAGCGCGGCGCUGGCGCGGCAGGCGGCGGCGCUGCAGCGCUGCAUGGCGGCCUGCGUCGACAACGCCGCGCGCAUCCGGCACCUGCUCACCGCCGCGCACCGCCCGCAGAUGGACUCCUUGCUCGCCAAGAUGGAGGCGGAACUGAGCACGUGGACGGCGUUCCUGCAGCGCGCCGUCGACGCCACAUACAACUCUGAGGUCGUCAUCGACAACCUGCACAACAUGAUCGCGGAGCAGCGGCGCUACGUGCGCGAGGUGUCGUCGAGCACGGUGUUCGCGUCCCUGUGCGGCGACGACGACAGCGCCGAGCGGGCCGCCGCCGCCGCGCCCGCGCUGUCCCCGCUGGAGCGGCGCCCGCACGAGGCCGGCGCCUGCAGCACGCCCAUCAACAAGGACUAGCGCCGCCACCCGCCGCCGCCGCCGCCGCCCACCAGCUGCGUACCCCUAUGUGUCAGCUUCUUUACGCAUCUAUGGAAUUGAAAUAGAUUCGAGGGAACGCCUCUCCAUUCGUAUGCGAAGUGCAAUCCUUCCUCGGCGGGCGCGUGAAGCACGCGGGCGGCUCGCCCCGCGGCCGCGGCGACGGCCACGGCCUUCGGCGCAUAGUUUGUAUUUUUAUGAUCUUGUAAUCGAGGAGCCGGAACACUCGACCCUCGAGAUCCGCGACUAUUUAUAGUCCGCGUUGUAUCAUCGGCAGAUAUCGAAAACUAAAUCUAGCUUGUGAACGGUGUCUGGUGAGCUCCGCUCGUAAAUUUUACUAUUUAUAAGUAUAUGAUAUCUAUGCAAACAUUUGAUGUAAAAUUUGAAUAUAAAGUAAAUAAUGUAAACGGCGCCGGCGGGACGCGCUGUCGCGGCGGGCGGGCGGCCCGUCCUCAGUACAAAGCGUGCGCGCCCCGCCACACUGCCUUAGCGGUCGCACUCGCGCCGACUGCUGAAUCCACCGCGAUGUUCACGAUAUAUCAUGUUAUACGUUACAUAGAUAAUGUUAAUGCGCCGACUAUGCGGCGAUCUACUGCCGUUUUUAUAUUUCGUUCGAUAAUACGUAAGUUACCUUAUUAUAAUGCGUUGUGAAUGCGAAAAUGAGUGUGAUACUCCGUUUUUACCCUCGUGUAAUCAGAAGCAACGAUCGAUGUUCUCAUAUCGUUGCGUCGGCUACGGUUUGCUUGUUGUGUUCUGAGAUACCACCACUACGAUAGAAGACAGUCCACUGGGAGCGCCAUGUCGGUAGUACAGACAGAGCCAAACCGACACCCAAGUCCGGCACUCUUGCUAGCCCAUCGAUGACGACCGAAUGACCUCGGAUGGGUGAUGUGACUGUCGGUGCAGUGGUGGUGGUGAUAUGCACUUGCCUUAUAGGUACCUAAUUAAUGUUUGUACACAAGUUUAGAUAAGAUUUUGAUCUUUUAUAUUUUAAUAACUCGAUGUUGUCGAUCUGAUGUGACGCUGAUGUAUUCACCUUUACUGCCUUCGGUUAACGUCUAACGUGAUUCAUAUUCAUUAAAGUAAAAUUAUAUGUUGAUAUAUAAGUGUGUCGCAGUAUUAUGUAUAUGGAAAUACGAAGUUAUUAUCUAUAAAUCGCAUAUUUAUUAAGCAAUGUUCAAAAAUAUUAAUUUAAAUUAAUAUAGUGAUGUAUGGUAUAUGUAUAUUUGUUUUAAAAGGUAUACCUAACAUAAUAAUAUAUGGAGGCCAAAUUUUGAUUAGGUGCGCGGGCGCGUCCCGUGUCGUGGUGUUGUGUGUGCACCUGUCUACCUCUCUACGUAUAAGAUAGCGCGAUCUAUUACUUUUGUAUCUACAUGUAUCCUUACCUUUCUGAUCGAACAUGCAAUUAUAAAAAUUGUUGUAUUUUUCGAAAUCAUUGUUAGGAAAUUGUAAUGUUUCUGUAGCGGUGUUGCGGGAGCUUCAUGUGUAGAUGUAUAGUUGUUAUGUAUUUGUAACUGCGGCCGCCGCCGGGACAUCCCAACGAGCACAUUGCAGUCGCGCGCGGGCCGCU